AGGCAACGCAAGCGAUGAACAUAACAAAGAUAGGGUGCCAUAGUAAUUUCUUCAUUGUCUCCGCUGGUCUGAUGCACUUACGUCGUCUAUAUGUCGCCACAAAUACAAAGAUGACGUAGUAAAUUCCAGUCCCUCUUCCCUGGUGGUGUCAUUUUCGUCAUAAAGACCCGCCUUCUCAAAGUCAAGCUUGCUAGUUUUCAAAUUGUCAUGAAUUACUUGCUUCUAUGGAACAGAAGGGAUUGAUACCUUCCAACAUCGUGUUCGAGAUUUCUACCUAACAAAACAUUGUAUGUAAGUAGUUUGUUCUGACGAAAAAUACAUGUCCUAACUGCAGGUGAUACGCGUUAUGAUUCUCACUGCUGGCACGUUGUGGUUGUGACGCAACUCUAUCGUUUGGGAAACCGAAACGUAAACCAGUAAGGUUUUUAUAUACAAACCGAGGAACUUCCAGAUGAUCUAGAUUCAUACCUCCUUCUCGUUCUCCUCGUCGUGAGCUAGAACUUCUCAGUUGCAGAGCAAAUCCAAAGGCAAAACAUGUCAGACGCUGCGAAGGUUCGUAAGCAGGCCGUUUCCGCCUUUUCGCUGAAGGGGCUCCAGCUCAGGCCAAAAGCGCUGAAGGCAAUUGUCGAAGACCUGAGCGGGAAGGGUGGGGAUUUGACCAAGAGCAUCCGCGAUUUUGCGGAGAUGUGCAAGCAAGACUUACGACGAAACACGACAGGGAGUGCAAAAAUUAAGGCGUACCGUAAUUCAUCCUAAGAAGCAGCUUUGACCCCUUUACUAAGGGGGAAAUGCGUCAAAGAUGCUUUUCAAGAUGAAUAUAAGUAAGGUCUAAAAAUACCAAUGUCGUUGAGGCCGAGAUGGUCGAGCGGCUGCUACGCCGCUUUGCCCUAGUGCAAGACGGAGACCCAAUGGACAUCGAUGGCUUAGCGGAGGAAGGGGCGGCGGACACGCUCAUUAUGAUCUGAAGAGAAGGUGAAAGUUUAACUUUGAGUUCAAAUAUAUCUUCAGGAGCGUGAAGUCCAUACUUCUUAGGUCUCAACCUCGUCCUGGCUAUUUAGGCUAAUCAUUUUUAUCGUGAAUGGCCAUCGUCGUGUUCAUCUUGAUGUUCCCGUGCUCCUGUUUCACUUUCAUCCACUACGGUUUCGUCUCAAUGUUAAAGUUAAGUAGACGUUGAAAUUAAUGGGACGUUUGCCUGCCAACAAGGUUCACUAAAGCGACGACCACUUUCUUACUUCCCUGCUACGUACUUACCUCACUUUUUCUUGCUGCGGGGCUGUGCCACGACCGCCAGAGGCUUCGCUAUUGUUAUCUUCUAAUCCCGAGACAGUCUACGACAGGAGCACAGAGCGGAAUCCCAAAGCUUUUGCCCAUUUGGGCGAUGGAGUCCUUGUUUACAACGUGUGGCACGACGUGCCUUUGCUGGAAUACAAUACCCGUGCGCGGACGUUUCAGGUGUCGCCGCUACGUGCGGAACUGUUUCCAGCGGCAGACAGGCGCCCGAAAAUGAUGCAGGAACGAAUGCAUUUGUGCGCCAACAACCUCUACCAGCGAGGCGGGAGCUCAUCCUCGAGCUACGAUAAGGAGCGCGAGCAGUUCGUGCAAGCAGCAGGAGGCAGAGGAGCUUUGGGUGGACCUUUACGUGUUUCUUGAGGACUACUUAACUAAGUACUACACCUUGACAAUACAAUUAGAAAGAUGUUCCUCGUAAGAUAUCUAGUCCCCCUCCCCAAACGCAAGCUGUAACCGGAUAUUUUACUACAUAAUAAUUGAUGUUCUUCUUCGUCUUCUAAUGGCAGACGCACGAGGCCUCCGUAGCGACUACAUAUAUUUCCCUGCCACACACGAGUUUCCAAAUAAGCAGGAAAUUUGUCGAGGGCAGACCAGUCUAUAUCGCAUAAAAAUACCCGUUGUGCCUCGACCGACACACCACGCGAGACUGAUGGACAUCGAGAACGACGACGAUGAAGAUCGAGGAGAACCGCUGAUGCCAGGCUCUAUGGUCGCAGUGUCCGAAUGGUAGCAAUCGUGAUGUUUCUAUCGUGGCCCAUAUAAUUAUAAAUUGAUGAUUAAUACGACAUACUAUGUAUGACUAUGAAUCUAUAAUGGUCGAAGCACGCCUUAUGUGCCUUACUCCUACUGCGUUAUUUAUAUGUGAUCACUUGUGGUAGUGGUAGUGGUCUUCGAACAGGAGCCGAUAACAUCUUCUGCGGUCCUCCGACAUCACUCAAAUUAGAUUGAUGAAUACUUUCUUGAAUAAGUAACUGUAUCUACCGCCGGUAGCGGUAGGCUAGGAGUACUACUAGGGAUGCGAAUGAAUGGUCUCAAUGUUUUUGGUCCACAACAUUCAUCAUGAUUGGCCGUUUCAUCCUGUACUACAGGUAUACUUCUGCGCAUGAGCGACCAGAGUGGUUUUUGAAGCUGCAGAGUGGCCGCGGUUGGAUUCCCUAUCGAGUCUCCCACUUCGGGGUUGAGCAGGACGUUGUGGAGCCUGCGGGAGUACCAACAAAGUGUUUAGUUACAAGUGUCGAGAGUUUGGUCGGAAAUUUCGGCCAUAAGGUGACAUUUGGGCUCCUCGUAGACAUGCCAGAUAUCGGAUCAGGGAAAAAGUACGCCCUGCAGGAAGGCCGGAAACGGGUAUUGUACUUCUAAUUCUAGUACAACAAGUGUCAAAGAAUCGUUGUGAAAAUCGUGUGAGUAAAUAGGGCAUUUUUAUGGUUAUGCGGGUAUGGAAAAUAAAAAAAAAGAUUAAGAUUCCUUCUAGCCUUGAUGUUACUCUCGUUCUCACGUUGCUGAAGUAGAUUCAGACUCACGUACAUUUAGUACUUUUUUUUAGUUUUAUUCUAUGUACAACUUUCAAGUUCAACCCCUACUACGGCUACGAAGGCGAAGCAUUCUUCCACUUUAUUUCACACCACACGUAGUUUUCCUCCAUUUUUUCCUCCUCCGUCAGAUCGAGCUAGAUUUGAAGAGGUUUUCGUCUUCUCCAGAGUUGAUCAUUCAUGGCGGUUUUUACGUAGCUGAGGGCAUUGUGGAUAAUGAGCAUGGCGUUCUGCACGUUCUCGCACUCUGGAACCCGCCAAUUCCUCGAACCUAUAUGAUCCCCUACGGAACAACAGACCCACACGCCCGUUUGAGGAUACAUGUUAUGGUCUAUGCUUGAGAUGUAUUGUCGAGGAUGUACUUGAAGUUGUACUUGACCGUGUCGCAAGCGGCUGCAGGUGAUACCUAGCACUAGUGGUACUGCUUUUGUGAUUGAAGUUUCAAUCUGCUCAUGAGGACGCUCCCUGCCCGCAGCGCACUGAAUUCUUUUGUCAAUCUCUCCGUCUCCUCCUGAGCUCCACCUAUUCCCUUUCAUGCCAAACGCAGUGAAUCAUUUCGGCGGAAAUGUCACGCAGGAAGACGUGAAAUAUCUGACGCAGCUGGAAAACGGCGACGCUUUCGCAAAAGCAUAUUACGUCAUCCUCGCGGAUGUAAAUCUAGACGACCCGAAUACGUUCUUGAUGUUGCGCGUCAUUUUCGAUCGGUACGAGGACAGCGACGAACAGCCGCACUAUGUACAAUUAAUUGGAUUAGAGGAAUAGCUGCCUAUGAUGAAGGGCCCGCCAUAUUUACAAUUACAUCUUCACUGUUGGACAACUUUGCUGGUCCACUCCUACUUCUAGAAGAUCAGCCGUCAUGAUCUGUUUGCUUAAAUUGAAGUAGGCUUCUUGUAGAAGAAGAUGCUCAGCCGAGCGCACUCUUUCUCUUGUCGGAGAAGUUCGAAGUGGUGUGCCUUCUCAAUGCCAUUCUUGUUUUGAAACUGCUCCACCAGAUCCUGAUGGGAAAUUUUCGCAGCCCGGACUACUACUACGACCCUCGGCAGGAAGGCACUUCCGCCAGUUGGUCCGAAAAGCUGUGGAAUCUGUGCAGUUUACUGCAAACUUACCAGCAUACACAACAGAAGCGCGUGAUCCUGAUUCCCGGACCGAACGACUGCUGCGGGAAUCCAGACAUGAUGCCGAUGAUGCCCUUGCACGUGUACGACGUGCCCUUCCCGCCAAAUGUGGUCCUGGCGUCGAAUCCCUGCCGCAUACGCCACUUCUCGAGGCAAAUCGUCAUUUGUCGUAGCAACAUCUGGACAGAACUGGCACAUGCGGAAGUGGUUAAGUUCGAUGAUCAAGGGAACCGAGCAACACGCUUUGACGCAGUGGCACACUACCUGCUUUCGCAAGCGCACCUGUGCCCGAUUUUGCCCGUCACGCAAAGGACGACCUUGAUAGGGUAAUAUUGUUGAGAUGAAAAUGCAAAUGCUUGUAGUUGUAAGUAGAUGAAAAAUAUUUUUGAGGUAGGACUAAAUUGACGAAGAAGAGCCUGGCAAAUGCUAUUUAGUUUUGAAUUUUACAAAUACAAAGCCUUCUUGGCCUUCCUCUAGUACCUCAAAUCAGGUUUGACCAUUCUCUCCGUCUCCAUCCUGUGCCGGACGUGCUAAUGCUUGGUCUCGGAAUGUGGCGAAGUCAUCACAGAAGUGUCGGUCCCGAUAAUGAUACUGUAUUCAUCCCGAGCUUUACGCAGCGAUCGCAGUACGCCUUCUAUGUUUUUUAUCCUGCAGAAAAUAGCAGCGAGGAGAUGCUCCAACUGUCCAACGCUGUGGUGGUGUAGACCUAUUUGUUAUGUUUUUCGGGACUGUUGGAGGUUCCAAGCUCGUAAUCAUCAUUAUGGUUUUUGUCAGCUUCUGGAGGAGUGCGCUCGCUACAAGUGACGUGUUUUUGAUGUACUUAUACCAAUACCUUCUUCGGCGAAUACUAGUACGGUGUUGAAUUGCUCGGGUUGCUCGGGCUUGUUCUACUUGAAGGGAUCUUCAGGCGGAUGAACGCAACGUCUGCGCUUCUUAAAAGGAAGUGGCUCUCUGAUGAUAUUGACUUUCGGGCUGCAAGUUUCCCUGGUUACGCAAAUAGCCCGCUGUGCCCGUUUAGUUUUGCACAGACACUCAGUCAGAUGAGAGACGGUU